UUCUGAUAUACCUUAAGUGAAGCUUUAAGUAAACUCAACUGUUGAGCUGAAAAUGACAGGCUUUGGCAGCAUGAGCUUUAUCAUGGCUUCUUUGGUGGGGCUGCUGUGCCUCUUCUGCACUUCUGAGGCCCAAAGCAACCAAGACUGCUGCCUCUCCUACAUGAGAACUGAACUGCCUCGUCGGGCCAUCAAUGGCUACACGGAACAGUUAUCAAAUGAAAUCUGUGACAUCGGUGCUAUCGUUUUCCACACAAAGAGUGGGUUGAAAGCAUGUGCAAAUCCAGAAGACAAUUGGGUGAAGAAGCGUCUUCUUUGGCUGAGCAAAAAGCUCAAGAAGAUGUCAAUGUAAGACAGUUUCUGAAAUGGAACUAGACAGAGAGGUGGGCUGCAGAACCUAACCUAGGUUAGAAUCAUCUCAUUGUACACUGUUGUGUGCUUGCUAUCUACCUAUUACUUGCUUCUUUGGAACCAUUGAACGACUGAAGUUGAUUCAUAUUGCAUCACUUGUUUGCUUGACUUAAGCACUGUGUAAAAGUUUCUCUUUCUUUGCUACCAUAUAUAUUACAUAGAAUCAUAGAAUCAUGUUUGAUUACUGUGUAAAAUAGAAUAUGAUACACAUGUAUUGGGUACUGUGUGCCCUACUCGCUUUAGUGUACAGUGUAUUCAUGCACAUUAGC